UCUUGAAGGGACUCGGCAGUGUUGUCGGGCUUCAGACUCAACGCAGAUGAAACUUCAGUCCUGUGAAAAGCUACCUGAAGCCAGCAUCUCUGAAUAGAGUGGGGCUUCGAUAAGCCCCCACAUCUGAGAGGGAGAGCAGACAAAGCGUGGCUUGGAGAGCAAGCCAUGUCUACACCAGGGGAUAAUGAUGAUGAACCAUCCCAAGGAGACCCAGGAAGAAGAGAGCUGGAGGAGAAGCUGAGAGAAUUGGGGCUGGAUACCCAGUAUUGGUUGACUAAGCUGCAGGAACGCCUGGGUGUGACCUCUGCCCAAGCUUUACAACACCUGCAGCAAAGGGAAAUCCAGACACUGAAAUCUCAGGCAAGACAUUCUUGGGAGAAACGGGCCUUGGAGAAACUUCUUCAGCUGUCGAGUGGCCAGGGCUCAGAGAAGAUGGAAGACAAACACUGGGUGACGGUGAAGGAGAGACAAGAGUGGGCACAGUCAUCCUUGAGGGAACUGAGGGAGAUGCAGGCAGCAGACAAAAGCCGCCAGGAGAUGAUUGUGAGGGAGAAAGAAGAGGAGCUGAGGGAGGCCAUGGAGAUCCCAUCCAAGUACUGGCCGCUCCCUGAGAAACCCCUAAUGGAGGUCAUAGAAAACAUGCAGAGACACCUCAGUCACAUGGAGGGCAUACUCUCCCAUAGGGAGAAUCUUCCUGACAAGGAGCUCCUGAAAAGGGUGUCAGGUGGCCUGGCCCUACAGGGGAUUUACCAAACCAACCACCCUGAAGAUCUUUUGGAGAGGAGAGAAGAACUGCUCAGCCUCCCAGAGAACUUCGCCCUGCUCAGCCCAACACAGGGAACAAGGAUGGAAACGAUGGAGUUUUUGUCUUCUCGUGAAGAGUCCAUGUUUACUGAAAGCAUGGAGAAAUUGGGCUUCAGUGUUAGCUUCCUGGCUAAGGGUGGAGGUUGGGGUUUUAACCUGGAGGCCAGUGCCAAUGACACCAGAUCUUCUGAUUCUAGACAGGUCCAUAAGUCACACUCUAAGGACACUUACAGCUGCACCACCAAGUUCAGCUAUGUCCCACUGGCCUCCUGCCACUUUUCACAGGACCAGCUCCACCUAUCCAGGUCAGCUCUGCAAGAGUUAAAACAGCUGGAGCAACUUCUGAGUCACUUCAGUGGUGCAGAAACCCAUCAACUAUUGAAGGAUAGAUGUGAGGCAUUUUUCCAAAGGUUUGGCUCUCAUGUGAACCAGGGCCCAUUGUACUUGGGGGGAGUGUUCUGGUGGAAAGCUGUAGCUGAGGGUUUCAGGUCAGAGGAGCUGGGUGAUGUGAAGCAACAAGCCUCAGAGGCACUCGAUGUGUACAUCCGAGGCAGCUAUAGUGGUUUUGGGUUGACAGCUGCAGCCAUGGUAAAUGCAUCCAACUGUCAGCCCCAAAUGGCUUCUCACAAUAGAAGCUCCAGUAAUUUGCCAGCAAGAUUCCAAAUGUCUGUAUACCAAACAGGAGGCCCCCCAGAGGUGGAUUCUCUCCCACAGUGGAAAGCUGGUCUUGUGGCCAGUAACCACACCUGGCGUGUCAUUGACCGAGGUUAUCAGCUAGUGCCUGUCUGGGAAAUAAUUCUGUCUAACCACAAACAAGAUUUUCAGGAUCCUCUACAAGUGGCUCGCUGCCUCACAGACAUUUACACAGCCCUGACUGGCCGAUGUGCAAGGACCCAGGAUGGAGAGGAAUUACUGAGUGCACAGGAGGAUGCCAGGUCUUUUGUAGAGGAAGUGAAAUCCUGGGAAAUCACUGAGCCUGAGGAGAAACUGAUGAAACUGAUGGACUUCAAGCAAAAGCUGAGUGAGAAAACUAGGAACUCUAACACCUGGAUUAACAUCUGUCUCAAAGACCUUGCUCUGCAGAAGUUCUUGGUGGACAUUGUCAGUUUCUGCAAGGACUUCCCAGUUCAUGAAACCAAAUUAAUUAAAUCCCAGUUGCGUAGCCUUCUGUAUCCUCAUGUCUAUCAAGUGGAGGAGUUCCCACAGAGUCGGCCAAUCAUGCAGUGGGUUUUCCACUCAGCAAAGGAGCAACAGGAUAUCAGUGUCACAGAGUUUGCUGAGUUCAUUCAGCUCUUAGAAAAGACAAAGAAUGACCUUCUCGAAAUAAAUCACAACUCAGAGUCCUUAGGAAAAGUGGAAGAAGCUCAAAGAAGGGCUACUUAUCAGGUCAGUGCAUCUCUCAGCUCCUUUCUGAAGGCCCUGAAACAGGCAGAGGAGUCAGGCACACACCUGCUGCUUCUUUCCAUUGCAGCUGGUGCAGGGUACAAGGAGGAAAACCAAACGUUCCACUGUCUCCUAGGAUGUGAAGAAUUAAAUUUCCUGUUAUGUGAAAUGAAAGAAGCCCAUGAGAAAUACCAGCACCUUAAUAAGGAAUGUGACUAUAGGGCUCAAGCAUUCCUACUGGUCACAGGGCUCACAGUAACUCCUGGACAAUCUGCUGUGUCUGCAGAAGAAAAGAUGCAGCGUUUGAAGCUUAUGCAAUCUCACAUGGAUCAGUCAUGGUCCAAGGAAAUACUUCAUGUCCUCUUGAAACCCGGUGGUGGUCACGAUUGGGAAACUCUGGAGAAAGACCUGAAUUUCCUCAUGAGUGGAGAAUAUGAAGCUACUGUGAACUGUAUGCAGAUGGACCAGGUGAAAAAAGAACUAGAAAGUGUCUCUCAGAGAAAGAAAAAGACCUGUGAACCAGAAGCAAGUACCAUCACACACCAUGAAGUGAUAAAAAAUUCCAACUUUCUAGACUUAGCUAAGAGGCUUGGUCUGGAGCAUUACUAUCCAAGGAAGAUGGGCCGAGCAGAUUUCCAUCUCAUUUACAAGGCCUCUGUGCAUGACAGUCAGCCUGACACGGAAGGAAAAUUGCCAUUUUAUUUCCUACAGAAGUUGUUGAUGCUGGAUUGCCGACUGAGAUACUUGGUCUGUAAAGGUGGUGGAGACACAGAGGGCAGCAGCACACUGACUCUGACAAAUCUCAAGAAUGACACUUCAGAUCCUUAUGGUGAUUUGUUUGAUGAUAGGAACACACCCUCUCUCCUCUUGUCCACAGUCCCACCACACAUCCACCCAAUGGACACACAGAUGAUGAUUUUUCACUGUGCUGAUGACUUCAUGAGACAAUACAUUUCAAACAAACUUUCCAUUUGUCAAUUUGCCCUCCCCCUUGUGGUGCCCAAUCCCUGCACUUCUAAAAUAGAAUUCCCCCUCUGGUCUCUCAGCCAAAUCAAGAGAAGCUGGAGACAAGUGGAGAAAUCAUCAGGAGAAGACACAGUCAUCAAUUUCAAUAGCCAACUCAUCUCCCAGGAACCCAUUCCCAUCGUGUCCUUUAUAAGAGUUGUGAAUUCUGCUUCUUCCAAAUCUCAAAUCUUGAACUCUCUGCUGAGUAAGCACAAACACGAUGCUUUUUUCCACCGUCACUGUCGAGGCAGCAGCAAAUCCUGCCUCUUAAUGGGAGGUAUGAUAGAGAUCUCCUGGUUCUGUCCAGGGGAGAGAGAUGAGGACAGAUUUGAAAGGUGUGUUGCCUUCACCAAUCUGCGUGGAGAUGCCAAAGAUCAUGAGACACAGCUCAGAUUUCUACAAGAAAUUGCUUCAGUCACAGUGGUCCUUGUGUCUGCUUCUGAUAAAAGUGAGAGGACUGUCAAAAUGGUCCAUGACCUGUGGAAGUCAACAAAACCUUUGGUUUAUUUGUUUGAUGACAAAGAGGAGAAUGUCUUCAAUGAUUCUGGUCAGAAAGUGAGGAUUGGGAUUAGGAAUAGAAAUGAGGCUGAAUUAAUGGAUGAACUCACGAAGGUCAUCAAUCGCUUGCUGAAGUCUUCAGGUCCCUUUCUCAGUCUGGAAGACUGUGCUGAAGUUGCUCGCCGCCAUGGCUUUCUUGUAGAUGUGGACAGGAAGGAGUGUCAGGAGGCUAAAGGAAAGGCACAGGCUUUGCUAGCCCUCAUGACAGAGAUGAAGUUGUCUGAAAUGAAGGAGAGAUUACUGCCCCUUCAAGGAGAACUUUGGCACCAGUGGUGUAAGAAGGAUAAGGAGCUUUGUCACCUGCGAGAGAAGGGGAACCGCAGUCUUGAACAGCACAAGAGUGAGAUUGAGACAGAAAAGCGAAGAAUAAGACAAGCACAGCUAAAGAGAGCAUUUCCUCUCAAUGACUUGAUGAGAUCUGUGCUUGAAAUCCUCCAGUCUCACUCAGAGAAAGACAACAGCACUGAGCUGUACUUCCUCCAGUGGCUGAGCAUGUUCAUGGACAACCUGACCAGAGGUCACCUGAAAAAACUGCAGAAGAGGUACAACCAAUUGUGGUCCCUGGAGUUGUCAAAAAACCGAAAGGGAUCCAAGAGUGCCUCCUUGAAAUGCCAAGAAACGGAACUAGAAGCUGUCUCCAAGGAGAUCAGGGAUUUGUCCUUGGGUAUUGAUCAUCUCCUGAGGGAGGUUGGCCAGAUCUAUGAAACUUUGGAAGAAGCUUCAUCCCAAACGGACACUGUGUUCUCCUCCCUUCCUCAAAUUGCUGCUGACCUGAUGGUUUCUGGGUUUCCCCUUGAGCUGAUGGAUGGGGAUGCUUCCUAUGUCCCCCUGCAGUGGGUAGCAGCUGUUUUUGACAGAUUGAUUGAGAAAAUUGGAGACCAAAAGAUCUUUGUUAUCUCUGUUCUUGGCCUCCAAAGCACAGGGAAGUCAACUCUGCUGAAUGCUAUGUUUGGGCUGCAGUUCAAUGUCAGUGCAGGGCGAUGCACACGAGGAGCUUACAUGCAGUUGCUGAAGGUGGAAGAAGCUGUCUGGGAAGAGCUGGGCUUUGGCUUUGUCCUUGUGGUUGACACAGAAGGACUCCGGGCCCUAGAACUUACUGGCAAAUCACAGAAUCGGGACAAUGAGCUGGCAACUUUUGUUAUUGGACUUGCAAACCUGACUUUGAUCAAUAUAUUUGGGGAGAAUCCUUCAGAAAUGCAAGAUAUCUUGCAAAUUGCUGUUCAGGCCUUUCUGAGAAUGAAACAAGUGAACAUUUCCCCAAGCUGUCUCUUUGUGCAUCAGAAUGUAGGGGCAAUCACUGCCAAAGACCAAAAUGUGGAAGGACGAAGGCGACUGCAGCAGAGACUGGAUGAAAUGGCAGCCACGGCUGCAGAACAGGAACAGUGCUCAGAUAUUACCAGCUUCAGUGAUGUCAUUCGGUUUGAUGUCAACACCCAUGUCCAUUACUUUGCUCAUCUAUGGGAAGGGGAUCCUCCAAUGGCCCCUCCCAACCCCAGUUAUAGCCACAACAUCCAGGAACUAAAACAAGGACUUCUCUUGGCUGCCAAAAAAGAAUCCAAAGGCAGCAUCCUGAAGAUGUCUGAGGUGAAAGUCCGGAUCCAUGAUUUGUGGAAAGCCUUGCUGAAUGAAAACUUCAUCUUCAGCUUUAGGAAUACCCGGGAGAUCGUGGCCAUGAUCAAACUUGAGACAAUGUAUAACAACUGGACCUGGAAUCUAAGAAGUCAUGUGUUGGGUUUGGAGAACCAAUUGAGCAAUCAGAUUCAGAAUGGGGAAAUUCAGGAUCUGCCAAGAAGUUCUAUUGAGGCUAAUAUUGCAGAAAAAUAUGAUGCCAUCAGGCAAGAGCUUCAAAGAUAUUUUGAUGAAGACCAAGAGAAUGAAAUCCUGAUCCAGUGGAAGGGAAACUUUGAGAACAAACUGAGAAAUCUUAAAGAGGCACUUGUUUCAGAAAUCAUUAAAAAGUCCAAUGGUUUUCUUAGUUCAAGGAAAAGUCAAGAUAAACUGGAUAAAAAGAAAUCAGAAUAUGAAAAAGCGCUAUUGUUAAGAAGCAGAGAUAUGGCUCUGUCCUUAAUGGGUAAAGAAUUAAGUGAAGAGGAACUGAGGAAGACAUUCAGUCAACUUUGGACAAAGUGGGUCUCUAAAGUAUCCUCAACUUCCUCUCCUGCUGAAGACCCCGAUAUUGAUGUAGAUUUGGAGAAUGUCUUUCUGGACCAUUUUAAACAGGAGCACAAUGUGGCAAGUAAACUUCGAAAUCAUUCUAGAAGAAAAAUGUUUUCAAUUAAUUAUGAGAAACAUGUCACAAUGAAGACAAAAUGGAAAGUUUACACACCCAAAAUAACAGAGAAUGAUGAGAAGGCCAUAAUGCAAAGUAAUGAAUACAUUAUCUCAUUGAUCACUAAAAAUAUUGAAGAUAAGUUGAGAAUGGGAAUGGAUUAUAAUAUAAGUUACUUCCAUGAGAUACUGCGAUUGAUAGACAUGGCAACUGAUUCUGCAUCUGAGGAGGCAAAGUACACAUUUACAAAUGAAUAUAAAAUAGAUUUGUCCUUAUGUUUAUGCCAUAGAGCAGCAGCUAAUUUUAGGGAUAUGCACACAGCUUUCAAGAGAGCACAUGAUCCUGUCACAUAUCUAGAAAACAAGAGAGAGGAUUUCUUUAUGAGUUUUAAGAUUUCCUGCCGAGGUGCAACCUCGAUCACAGCAUUUUCUGACUUCUUGUGCAGCAAGCUCACUGCUUCCCUACCUAUAGCCAUCAGGAAAAAGAUAGCCCUUGACCUUGCUGGGGAGAUUAGGGCUAACUGUACUGCCUUCAAUGGAAACCGUUCCAACCUGGAGAAACAUAUUCUUAUCUCUCUGGCUAAAGAAGAAAACUUUGAGAAUUUUUGGGAAUACAUUCACACACCAAAAACGUUUUUUGAGAAGUACAUCGAGAAGGAGAUCCAAGCAUAUUGUUCAAAUAAAGGAAAUGAGAAAUUAAAUAAUUUUUUAAGUAAAAGCUUGGAAUUUUUUAAGAAAGUCAUCCUCACUGCUAUUUGUGAGUCAACUCUGGUGGCUAAGGAACAAAACAAUUCUGCAUCUGUAUGGCUAGACAUAUUGUGUAAUCACCUUGCAUGUCAUUUGACCCUUCCAAGAGGAGACUUAAGAAGCAUUGAACACCAGGAGAUAGAUGACAUUGAAUUCCUCAAGGAAGCCAUGAAAGAAAACCUGGAUACCAGAAUCCAAAGGAUAAGAGAGGAGAAUGAAAUUACAUCUCUUUUAGAGAACAUUGUAGCUGAGAUUCAGACAAUGCUCUCUGCUCAGCUCAGUGGCUGCUGGAAGCAAUGUCCCUUUUGCAAAGCAAUUUGUACAAAUACAGCCAUAAAUCAUGGUGAGGAUCACAGCGUCCCAUUUCAUCGUUCUAAGGCUGUCACUGGCAUAAAAUGGAACGAAACUGAUGAGUUUUCAAUUGAUUUCUGUACCAGCUCUGUGGCAAGUAAUAUUUCGUUUAUUCUUAAAGAUGGUAGAACAAUCCCAUACAAGACUUAUCGUCAGGCAGGUGGUGAAUAUGCCACAUGGAGCAUCACUCCAGAUACAUCUAUCCAGCCAUACUGGAAAUGGUUUGUGUGUUGCUUCAAGUCACAAUUAGAAGAGCGUUACAAUUUCAGAUUCAAGGGCAGAGGUCAGAUUCCUGAUGCAUGGUUCAGUAUCACCAGGGAAGAUGUGCUGAAUGACUUGAAUAAAUAAUAAUUCUCAGUGACACCAUGGAGCCUUAAUGUAGAUCAUUUUGAGAACUUGUUCUCUCAGAAAUGAUUUUGCAAAAUAUGAAUGAUGGGGGCAUAGCACUACCAGAUAUAUAUAUAUAUGUAUAAUAAUAAUGUAGUAAUCAUCAAUACUAUAUUACUAGUUCAAAAAAUAAGAUGAGAUUUAGAGGGACAGAUUAGACAAUGGAGAACCAGAAACACUUAAUAUUAAUCUCACAGUUUCCAAUUAGCAAGACUAUAACCUAUUUAUGGAAGAAUCCCUGUUUGCGAGAAUUGUUGUGAUAAUCAUUUAAGAUAAUUUGAGCCCCGAUAAAGGCCAAAGCCUGAACUAAUGAACCAGAAGAAGCACCUUGGCAUAACAGACAUGCUUUGCUUUGCUCUCUGAGUGAAAUCAAAAUGCUCUUUCCCCUGUCAGCAACUGAAGCUGACCAGUAACAUUCUUCUGUUUAUGACCACUCAGGACAAGACAUCUUCACUCACCCCCUAUCUUGAAUAAUGGGAUUUUUCUUGUCUUACUAUUUUAUGGACAUAUACUAUGCUAUGUUAUGUUAGUGAUAGAAGAAACAUAGAUAUCCUGAAACUAUAAUUUCAUUUGACACCUUGACAUUCUCCUAUAUUAUUAUAUUUACAACCUAUUCAAUUAAGAAAAUUCCUUUCUCAUUCUAUGGUUAAAACAUAUAGAGAGUAUAAUUUUUGAGUGAGACAGAUAUCCUCAGUCAGAAUUGCUCUAAAUGCGUAAAAGGUCUUGUCAUCUUGCUUAUUUCGGAGUCAAAUUUAUCCUCUGGCUCAAAUGUAUGUACAUAUAUUCUGCUAGCUUAAUGGAAUAAACAAUAUGAAUAUAUAUAUGAAUAUAUAUCUAUCUCACACCUAGCUUGUCUGCCUCUUUAGCCAAACUUUCAGGUCAACAUCUGGAAAAUCUCAAAAAGAGUACCAUAGAAAUUAGAUUGAGAGUAUUGGCUAACACCAAAUACCAGAGUAAGUAAAAAUGGAUGUUUAACCUCUAUGAUAAAGGGUCAAAGAAAAGUAAGAAAGAAACAGAAAAGAUACUUUUGUUAUCCAUGACCAGGGGAACAAUUCCUAAAUAAAGAAGAGAGAUGGACAGUUGUAAAACAAUAGAUUAUGUGAAACUGAAAACAUUUUACACAAGAAAGAUUAGCAUAACUAAUAUGAGAAGAGGAGGGGUGAAAUGGGGAAAAGUUGCAUCAAAUAUCUCUGACAAGUAUGCAAUAAAGAGGCAAUUAACAAAUACAUAACCAAAAAAGGGUCAUUUCCUAAUGGUUAAGUGUUGAAAGAAUAUAAAUAAACAGUGUUCAAAAGAAAAGUUGUAAACUCUUAGUAAUCAUAAGAAAAAAUCCUCAAAAUCACUACUAAGAGAAAUCAGAAUCAGAACAACCCAGAGGUUUCCCAGCAAACUGAGAAAGAUGACAAAAGAGAGGAAUAAUCAAAAUUUAUUUUUGGUGAGUAUUAUUGUGGGAAGGUAGAUAGAGUAAAGUAACCAGAGUAAAAAGUAGUUUGGAAACAUUUAACAAAACGUAUGAAAAUACAAUAAAACAGAUAAUGUUAAUAUGUGGUUUUCUAAGUCAAUAUGCAUUGACACAGAUUGAUAUUUAUGGCUUAUUGGUAUGCCUUUCUAUUUGUGUUUGAGACAUUGCAGUAAAGCAUCAAUGGCUGUACUGUGUAUCCACACAACCAUUCUGAAAAGCAAUUUUGAAUUAUGAAAAUGAAGUGCCUAACAUGUCCGUAUCUCUUGAUCUGGUGAUUUUAUUUAGAGACAUAAACUCUGAGGAAGUCAUAAAGAAGAAAGAAAGGUUUCUUAUAUACAAAAAUAGUUAUAAGACUAUUGUUUAUGGAAGUAAGGAAUUGAAAACAAAAUGGAUUCUAUCCACAGGGGAAAGGCUGAACAAAUUGUGGUAUAUGAAAAUAAUGAUGGCUUAUUUCAAAAUAUUAAUAAAUUAUUGUUAAAUCAUGUAUUUUAGUCACAUUCUUUAACUGCACAUGUAGUUUAGUUUUUAUAAAUUAUAGUAGAUUAAGAAGUGUAUAUGAGAUUCUGUGUAGGCUGACAGGACAUUGGCUCCAAAUAAUUCCCCUCUUACCCAAAAUUCUUACUUCUAUUAAAUGCCUUUGUCCAUUUAAGUUUCUUGUUUCUAUUAAGAGCCUUGCUGCAGACUAUAGUUAUAGUUACUCCAUGAUCAAAUAUAAGUCACAUGAGGAUGGGAAACCCCCUGAGUAUUGCUCACCUGUCAAAGUUCUUCAUUCUCAUGAAAAUUCGCCAUUCUUGUCAAAGAUGGUUACAAGAGACAGACUUCCGUGAUGACACUGGAACAUACCCAAAUAGCCAACCAAUCAUAAAAUGUAAACCCCUGUGAGAAUCAAUAUCAUGUCUUUCAAUUUGGGAUUAAUGUUCCUCAUUUAUUGUGUUCCCCAUUCUGAUGUUUCUCAUUUAUGUCUAUAAGAAUGCUCUGUAAAUUCAGUUCAGGGUCCUUGUACCAGCUGAGGUGGUCUUGGACCUGUUUUAUUGGCAAAUUGCUAGCCAUGGAUAAUAAACUGAUUGUGCUUGAAA